CUUCUUGUCUUGCCUCGCACACACAUACACACACACACACAUCAAACCAAGCCCUUCCCGGGUUCGUUUCUCGCUUGAUCCAUUUCUCCCCAAUUCGCUCCAGCCCCCCCCGUUCUUGAGAACAAUUUUUCUGGGGCUUGUUGGGAUCUUCCUUAUCCUCUCUCCAUCUUUCAAUCUCCAUAUUCCCUUUCAAUUUCAAACCGCACAUAUGUCUGAAGUGCAAACACGUCCUCCCGCCCCUCGGGGUAGAGGCUCUUCUCGAGGCGGUCGCGGUGGAUUCUCUGCUAGGCCUGCCCGUGCCUCACACGCAAAUGGGGGCAGCAAUGCUUCCUACGAUACUUUCGAUGAUCAGGGCGAAAUCGGUCAGCUAAAGAGACCGUACGUCGACGAGUUGUCGCAGUUGCAGGAGUUGUUUUCUGAUUGGACCCCGGAUGAUCUCGUUACUGCUCUUGACGAAAAUGGGGGUGACGUUCAAGUCACUGCGGAGAAGAUUAGUGAAGGUCUGUGCUCUUCCCUAUGUUAGAUUUUCAUUCUUGUUCCUUGGAAAAGCUAGCCCUCUUGUGCCAAUCCUUUCAUGUGUGCUGUGUCUGUGUUACGGUGCAAAGUUUAAGCUAAACCGCCCCGUACCUAUCCAGGCACGACCACUCAGUGGGGCAAAGUUGAGAAGAAGUCGAAGGAUCGCUCCCGGUCCAAGGUCAAAGAGCCGUCUUCCGUCGGAGCCAACAUCGACCCGUACCCGCCCAGCUCUCGUCCUCGUGGAGGCGGCAGAGCUUCUCAUGAAAGUGGACGCGGCCCCCGUGGAAGCCGUGGUGGAUCUGAAUUUCGUGCGAGCCGUGGAGGCCGCAGUCGUGGUAGGUCACGUAAAUCCAGUGAUCGCGCAGAAGAAGCUCCAACCUCAGCCGAAGGCUGUGGCGGUUACGCAAAUACUAAAGCAACGAGCCUAGAUGACAAGAAAGCUGCCGAUUACGCCUUUUCUGCCUGGCCAGAAGAAGCGAAUAAGGAAACAGAAGCCAAUGGAGCUUCUGAGAACUUUUACGCCCCCGAUAUUCAUUCAGAAGCCUCUAAGUCGAAUCCCGAUCAAGCAACGCUGCCGGUACCCAAACCUGCCCCAGCAACAUCAUGGGCUAGCAAACUAUUCAGUAAACCACCACCUCCACCGCCGGCUUCCGUACAGAAAAUUCCCUCUCCUCCCAAGCAGCCCGCCGUUCAACCUGAGCCUGCUCAGCCCUCAGUACCAGAAUAUCAAGAACCAGAACCCGUUGAAGAGAGUUUACCACCCCCUAAGGAAGCAUCGCCAGAGGUACAGCCUGCACCAGCGACACCGGAACCGGUCGAACCCACCCCCGAGCCUGUCGAGCCUGAGCCCGUCCCGGGACCAGAAGAGGAGGCUGCUCCAGAAAUCCCAGAAGCUAAGCCAUCACCAGUCCAGCCUCUAACAGAGGUAAAUCUCGAGAGGAUCGAGGACACCGCUCCACCCCCACCCACUAUGACACAAGCUAGCACUAUUGCGUCGUCUGCCCCUACGCCUGCGGCCCCCGUUAGCUUAUCUGCACCACCACCACCACCACCACCACCACCACCACAGCAUGCUGUCACAACACCUCAGCCUGCUCCGAGUCGACCUGUACACAGCGGGGUAGUAAUGCCUAAAGGAACGCCAGGUCGCAGCUCGGGCUACAAUCGGAGAAUACUUGAUCAGCAAGAGGGCGUUGUUAUGCCUGGUAAUCAUGGUGCCGUUGAGCAUGCUACUCUUCAAUUUGGGAGUAUGGGAUUAAAUGGUGAUAUUGAUGAUGAGGAGGAAGUAGAGCAAGCCGAGACAGUAUCACAACCUCCGCAGCCGUCUCCCAUUGCUCAGCCAGUAACAUCGCUUCCUCCGACUGGUCCUUCGCAGUUGCCAAUCCCACAGCCCCCUGUCACUGAAACCUUGCCUACUCCUAGACAGGCACCAGGCUUGCCUGUUCACCCUCAGGCUGCACCACAACAACCAAGCCCACAGCCGCCGGCUGCUCCCCAAAGCAUGACCCAGCAGCAACCACAUCAAUUGAAUUCCCAAUUGCCCAGUCACUACAAUCGAUACGCGGUUCCCGAAACUCAAACUCAGACCAAGUCAUUCGAUACUUUUGCACACUCAGCUCAACAGCAAUCAAUCCCCCCUCACCAGCCUCAGGCCCAGCCUCAAGCAUACGGAAACUAUGCACCUUCACCCCUACAGCAUCAGCAGCCACAACCCUCUCAUAUUGGCGUUGGUGUUUCAGCAGCUCCUGACCAACAGCAACAGUACAACUAUUACAAUGACCGGUCACAACCCCCUGGGUUUGGGGCUCCCUAUACCUCCAAUUACAUGCAACAGGCCCAAUCUCAGCAAGAUGCUGGUGCUAACCAACAACGCGCCUCAAGUGGAUUAGGUGGUGGCGCGGGAGAGGGCCUUGGUCAAGUUCCUACUUCGGCUGGUACAGCUGGCCAGGUACAGCAGUCGACCUCGCGAUACCCGGCACAAACAGGGGAACAAGGCAGUGGUCAUGCUACCCCGAGCCCAGCAAUCCCUACUGUUCAACAGACCUCGCAGCCCCACCAGCCUAUUGGACAACAUCCCACACAGGCGUUCCAGUACGGAUACCAGCAACAUCCUUAUUACGGCCAAUUUAUCCCCGGGGUAUGGCCACAGGCGCUCGCUUCUAUUGCAGUGGUGGUAGCUGACUUGAGAAUUUAGAGCUAUUAUGGCCAACAGUUCAAGAAUCACCAGGGCAUGUAUGCUUAUCCCCAAGCUUACAUGUCUCCUCAGUAUUCAGAUCAUGCUUCAACGCCUACGGGUCUCGGUGGGUUUGGAGCACCUUCUGCGCAGGGCCGUGAUGGUGUUGCUGGUCUCGGCGAUUAUAACCGGAUGAACACUACCGCUGCUCAACAGCAGCAGCAACAGCAGCAGGCGUUACCCCAACAUACUUCUGCUGGGGGCUACGGAAGCGGUGUUCCAAACUUCUUGAGCAGCCGCGGGCUCCCUCAGGAACAGCAACAAUUAGGGGCAGGAGUUGGCCAACAGCAAGCUGGACAACAGGGCCCAACUGAUGAGUCGCUGAAAUUUGGUGAAAAUAAGCCACCAACCGGACCUUCCGGAACACCCUCAAUUCCCGGACAGCCUGGGAGACCUGGAUCCGCUACAAGUAAUCUGGGCCCUCAACAUGGUGGGCAAACCCCCGCCAGCAUGUACGGCUCUCACUUGAACCAUGGGCUUCACGGACAUCAGGCCCAGAGUCAGUACGGUGCUGGUCAAGGUCAGAGCGGCACCAACCAAUAUUCCAUGUAUAGCGGUGGCUAUCCCCAGUAUGGACAGACGAGUGGUGGUAGGCACGGUGGAGGUGGCUGGGGAGGCUAUGGACAUUAAAUGGUGAUACGGUAUUGUGUUUGGGGGAAUGCGAGAUAUUAGGAUGGAUGUUUGGCGAAUUUCUUUCUCAACAUUUGUUUUCCUCGCUCUAUUUCGACGCGUUGGCAUGAUCCUCGCAAUGCCAUAUCUUUCACUCCCCUCCGUCUACUUUAACUCAAUGGCAUACCAUAAUUUGCCAUCAUUCUUGUUGAUUUUUUUUCCUUUCUCCUGGCAAUUGUUUUUCCCUUUUUUCCCCCUCUCCCUUCGGAUUUCCUUUCCUUGUUCAGUACGGACGGUAUUUUCUGGUUUUUUUGUCCAAGUCACUUUAUCGGUUUUCUUGAGUUGGCAAAUUUAUGCGGGGUGGGUUUGGGUUUUCCGGGGGGUUUUUUUUUUUGCUUAGUGCUUAAAAAGAAAAAGAAAUGGGUUGCUGUUGUGUUAUUGUUUUUUUGUUUCCUUUGAUUGAUAUUUUAUCAUCAUCACCGCCGGGUCAACAAAAAGAAAAAAGGUGUUGGGGGAACUGGGGACAAAGGGAGCAAAGGGGGAGGGGGCAUUUGGGCCAAUGAUUUUUUUUUUUACUUGUGAAAAAAAAUUAGCAAAUAGUCUUUCCUGAUAAUGCUUCAUUUUUUCUUCGACUGUAUCCUUAGGGCUCACAUCUUUUCCGUAGGGGUUUCGUCUUUUUUUCAUUUCUUGGGGUUUUUAUUUCUUUCUCUUAUACCGGUAUAGUGGGUGUAUUUUUCCUGGCUAGUUUCUGCUUUACGGCGAAGGUUCGGGGCGGUGGGGCGGGCACUUUCUAUCAGUCAAACCAAGGGAAUGGAAAUGGAAAUGAAAUGAAUUGGACAGAGGAAGGAGAAGCUGAGGAAAAAAAAAAAAAAAGACGAAAGGCGAAACAGACGGAGGGGUCGCUGUUUGCCGUACGGUGCCGGUAUCAUGACUUGGAUGAUAUCAUACCUUUCUGGCUGUCUCAUUUCCCCAAUCUUCCACCAAGUUCUUUUGCCAUGUUUGGUUGGUAGUUGGUUUGUUUGAUUGCUCUGAUUACGGCAGCUAUUCCCUGUACGAAUACAGCUUUUGAAUGCGACCGG